CUUGGAUUGCCGCAGUCACAAUACGCUCGUGCGACUGCACGCAAAACGGACUGUUGCCCGGCCAGUGACAGUUUCCUAUGAGCGAGAGAAGGCCUGGAAAAUAUUUGUUUGACUCGGCUGCGCUCAAUGAGUCUCUCAAAAGCAACAAGGCGGUCGUCUGCGCGCUCUCGGCGAGCUACAUCUCGACGUUCGCGGGGUACCCGCUCGAUUCCAUUAAGUCAAGACUGCAGACGACGAAACAGCGCGUUUCUAUCCCCCGGCUUGCCUUGACCGUAUACCAAGAAGAGGGCAUUGUCGGGUUCUAUCGUGGGAUAUGGAUCCCGCUGAUAACUAUCUCCUUUGUCCGCGCGGCAUCCUUCACCAUCUACUCACGGACCAAGGAGUACUUCCGUGAUCGCCACUGGCUGUCUCGCAACCGGAUUUUCGACGUGUCUGCUGUUGGUGGAAUUAGUGGUGCGCUCUCCGGUUCUCUGAUAUCUUUUGCAAGUGCACCCUUUGAGCUCGUGAAGGUCAGACGACAACUCGAGUACUCAAUAGCGUCAAGUAAAGGCAUUCGUCUGGAGAAAGCACCGAAAACGCUGGAGGCCGUUCGCGACAUAUUUCGGAGCAGCGGCAUACUUGGGUUGUACACCGGCUUCAGGCUGCACUUCCUCAGAGAUACUUUGGGAACGGCCCUGUACUUCUUUGAGUACGACGGUUUCCGGUAUAUCAUGGGCAGGCAUGCGUCCGGCGAGCAGGGCCAGACUCCACUAUGGCUACCGAUCCCUGCGUCGGUGGUUCCGUUCUUCUGCGGCUCAUUGGCUGGUGUGACCUCCUGGGCACUGAUUUACCCUCUCGACGUGGUCAAGACGAAGGUCCAGCAGCGCGCCCUGGCAGGUGAACGUAAGAGAGGCGUUGUUGAGACCUUCCGCCGACUCAUCCGAGGCCCUGAUCCUGAUCACCCCAAACCGUUACUCAAGGGUAUCGCCCGUCUGUACCAAGGGCUAGGAGUAAGCGCACUACGAAGCGUAACGACACAUGGACUGCUCUGGACAUUCUUCGACCUCACUGCGUCGUACAUUGACCGUCUACCUGGACCUGCAAACAGAGAGUGAUUCAACCGUAAUAGACUGACGGCGACGGGGUUGGGCGUCCGCGCUGGUGUAUAUGUAUGCUAGAUUGCCGCCUAAUUGUAUCAAGGAUGGCCCCAAUCAUGCCACAUACUGCAGCAAAGGCACGCUCUAUGUACCAUAGAGCAACUUCUUG